AUGGAGGGGCAACACUCACCGGGACAGUCUCCGGUACCCCAGAACGGACAAUCUAGUCCUACUGAUGGCACACACGCACCCGAAAGUCAAGCUAGACAGACGCACGGCAUGCCCACACAAAAGCCGUUUAAAUCUCAUGCUCCGCGCAUGCGACAGGCUUCUAACUCUCAAAGCAAUGGUCCUCCCAACACGGCAUGUGAAGUUCAGUUGCGAUAUGAUAGGCCGCAGUUUAAUAGCGUAGCGUCAAAUUCGGAGCAUACCCUGGACCAUAACUCUCUACAACAGCGAGCUAACAUGCCACCUGGCUUUGUUCCUGUCGGUAACCAAGCGAACCAAGCGAUCGGCAAUGGUGCCCCUUCCAGACCGUAUAAUGCCGAUGAAAUUGAUCCACGAUAUAGAGAUGGGGUUCCCACGAAUCUAAUUAACCCAAGAUAUAGGGGCCGAGGACCGUACCCAGGGCAGCCUAAUUUGACAACCCAUCAUCCAAGCCAAUCCAUUGGAUAUAAAAUUACUGGUGAUCCAGGGUAUGCUAUUGACACAGCAGGUGCGUAUAUACCUCACAACAUAGCACCGCAGCAUAUAAGGAUGCAAGCACAGGAAAAUAGGGUGCAUAUGUCAUCUCUUAUGCAACCGAAUCAGACCCCAAUCUAUGCGCCCGGAUUUGCAUCCGCCAGCAGGCCGUUGCACUGUACUGGAGGUGAGAACAAAGCUUAUCGGGUUGGCGUAGCUGGCACGAACCACGCUGGGACCUAUGACUGGGCCCCAACUUACAGGGAAACAACAGUACAUGGUGGCGAGCCUGUGACGGAUAGAACACAUACACAGUCUGUUUUUAAUGGGAGUACUGAUUCUCAACCAGUUACGCAUCAGAGCCUCGUAUCUAGCACACUUCCUAACCACACAUCGAACAAUGCGGCCGGUGCUGGUCGAGUGACGAGUGCCAUAGUAGAGGGUCCUACUAUUGUUAGAGCAGAUAACGUCGUACCACCUGCAAUGCCUUCCGUAACUAAUGCGCCGGUAAAUGAAGAGGAAGCGGAGGAAGAAGAGACUGAGAUCUUCUCGUCCUACAAGUGUCUAUCAAUUAGUUUUGGAAAGACCCACCCUGGCAAUAUCGUGGAAGGUGCUAGUUUGGCUUCGGCGCAUCUUCCGAUACCUUCGUACCCCCUCCACGAGUCCAUGCCCGAUGAUAUCAUAUCCAGUGGGAAACUCAGUAAUCUGCAGCUCGAAGCGAUUUUAUUCGCUUCUCAAAGACACCAGAAGCUUUUUAACUAUCGCCUUACUCCUGAUGGUGAACCUAUGCACGCGCCACGGUUGGGCUCAGGAACACUCGACCUCUGUACCAGAGCGGGGUUCUUCAUCGGAGAUCAAACGGGCGUUGGCAAAGGACGUCAAUCUGCUGGUAUCAUUAUCGCUAAUGUAGCUCGAGGCAGAGGAAAGCAUGUGUGGUUCUCCACCUCGAGUGACUUGAGAGCUGAUGCAGAAAGAGACAUGCGGGAUCUGGGCAGCUAUAUCAAUAUUAUCGAUGGCUGUAAAGAGCUAGAUAAGCAAACCGGUGCUCUGAGCAUGAAAGGAGUUCUCUUCUGUACAUAUGCGACCUUGGCGCGACCGGCUAGGCUCGAGGAAAUCAUUAAAUGGUGUGGAGGAGAUACUUUCGAUGGCUGCCUGAUUUUCGAUGAAAGUCACAAGGCAAAGAAUCUCAAAAUGGAGGGACGCAAAAGCUCUGGCAGUAUGACAGCUGCGGCCGCUCUGCAUAUUCAGAGACGGAUGCCGCUCGCUCGCGUAACUUAUUUAUCAGCCACGGGUGUGACGGAACCAGCACAUCUGGGUUUCAUGGAACGACUAGGGUUGUGGGGUCCACACACAUCCUUCCCCAACUUCAAAGCGUUUCACUCUGAGAUUUCUAAGCACAGUAUUGCUGUUCUGGAGCUGAUAGCAAUGGAAAUGAAGAUGAACGGCACAUAUGUAUCUCGAGGGCUAUCUUAUAGCGACUGUGAGUUCGAAAUUGUAGAGACCGAUGUAUCAAAGGCCCAUGGCGCUCUCUACGAUCAGUGCUGCAACUUGUGGGCGAUCUUGAGAGGACAGAUGAAAAUAGCAUGCAAAAUGACCAACACGCCGCUUAAAAUGUUGCGCAACUACUGGGCAUGUCAUCAACGGUUCUUCUUGCAACUAUGUGUAUCCUUAAAGGUAGGGCGUAUUGUGGAGCUAGCAAAGGCUGCUCUUGCUCGGGGCGACUGUGUGGUCAUCGGAUUGCAGAAGACAGGUGAAAGCAGCUCGGACGCAGUAUUGGAUCUCAGCCAACCAGACAAGAUUUAUCCGUCCCCCAUAGCAGUAGAGAAAGAAAUUUUGAUGCGCUUCAUCGCUGAGCAAUUCCCCACCAAGAUGGCCCCGAAAGAUGUACCGGGUGACCCGGAUGAUCCUAAUGUUAUAGCACGAAAACGGAUCGAGGAGCAGAGAUCGAUGAUGACCAUACCGGAACUGGUACAAACACGCAACAUUCUUAUUCAGAGGGCGGGAGCCCUACAGAUGCCUGGCAAUCCUCUUGAUUUGCUCAUUGAUGAGCUAGGUGGCCCAACGAAGGUGGCGGAGAUGACUGGUCGUAAGGGGCGCAUGGUGAGGGCUGGCAAAAAAGGGUUCAUCUAUGAGAAACGUGCCGAAACCGAGGAUGACACGACGCAUAUCUGUAAUAAUGAAAAAAUUCGGUUUAUGAACGGUGACAAACUAGUGGCAAUCAUCUCAGAGGCGGCCUCCACUGGUAUCUCGCUGCAUGCUAGUUUAAAUGUGCGAAAUCAACGGCGCCGUCAUCAUUUCACUAUUGAACUCCCAUGGAGCGCUGAUCGCGCAAUUCAGCAGUUGGGACGUACUCAUAGGUCUCACCAGAAAACGGGACCCAUCUACAAGCUUGUUGUGUGCUCACUCGCCGGAGAAUUACGCUGUGUGAUGGCUGUGUGCUCGCGGUUGCAGAGUCUGGGAGCGCUCACGCGUGGAGAUAGGCGGGCUAGUGUUGGUUUCAAUUUCGACGAUUACGAUAUAGAUAAUAAGUACGGGAAGAAGGCGUUAAAGGACAUGUCCCAUUCUAUACGACAACGCACACCCUAUCCUGGCGUGGAUAGUGAGACGAUUUCAGCACUCGAGCAACAAGCGCAAAAGAUUGCUCAAGGCAGCGCAGACCAGGCUUUAGGGAAGCCAAUACUCUUUACAGUCUUGGCUGCGUGCAUAGAUUUAAUGGCGUUUGAGGACGGGGAUGAAGGCAAGGUGGAAAACAUCAGGUCCUUCUGGAAUCGCUUACUGGGUCUCACAGUUGCCCAACAGGGCAUAUUGUUUGGAUAUCUUUCUGCUGUACUGAAAGCAGUUGUGAACGAAGCCAAACGCGAUGGUACCUAUUUAGAUAAUGUGUUGGAUCUGAAAGGAGAGGAUAUCAUGAUACAAUCUAAGGAAAUUUUGAGUCGAGAUCCAUCCACAGACGUGCCAACGAUUCACUACCAGGUACUGGUCAAUAGAGGUGUAUCCUUUCCAGUGGCAUCCUAUCGGUUGGAGCAAGCACAAGCAGCGUUCUCUGGAAGAGCUGCUCAAACCGAUGGUGAUACGGACAGUACAGCAGAUAAGAUUGAUGAAGAUGAAAGCGGUGAGAAUGUCAAGAAAGGCGUGGACAACGACAGGGGAGAAACCAUGCAAACAAACACCGUCCAAAUCACUGAUCCCGCAGAGGAGGUCGAACAACCCCCGAACACUGACGCGUCUGAGCCGCCAGACAUUGAACCAGGUGUGCUCCCUGUUAGUGUACCAGCGAUGGACAAGGACAAUACAACUUCUGAAACAAUGCCAGCAAACACCGAUGUCAACUCUGUACGCAGUACAGCCACUUCGCCAAGGAAUGGGGGGUACGUGCCCGCCGAGACCUCAGAUCCCGUGAAAUCGCCUGCACGUCUGGUGGAGGACGAAAUAGAUGGCGAAGGCAACGAAGGUGAAGCCAGGAAUGCUAACAGUGGUUCGGAUGGUUCGGAUGGUUCUGAUGUAGACAGCAAACCCGACGACAAAGACAGCGAUUCCGAAUCGGACGCGACCGUGGAUUCCGACGAUGGAGGGGAAGAAAACGAGACAUAUGUCGAUUAUUCUGGAUUUUUUAUCUCCAAAGUGCCUCACUUUGGUAGGUAUAUGCUCUUAUUGGCCACGGGAAAGGCUGGAAAUCCAUUCUACGUGAAUAUAUAUCGACCGAAUACCGGAAAGGGUGUUGACAUCGCUGUAGACACGCUUUUGCAACGGUACAAACUAGUCAAACCGGAGGAAAUGGAGCAGCAGUGGACCGAAUUCUAUGAUGCCACUAAAGAUCAUUGCACACACAAAAGUACGUGUCGUUGCUCCUCUGGGAAGCGCACGGUACUACACCACAUUAUCAAUGGAAAUAUUGUGCAGCAGUGGUCCACCAUACAAGGCAUCACGCAACGGUUCAAAUCGACUCAAGCGGCCGGCAAAAAUAAUAUGCAGAUUGUUCGGUUGGAAACCAGUACCGGGGAACGAUUAGUGGGUAUCUCUCUGAACGAGCAAUGUAUAUUUGAAUUGUCUAUGCAUCUCCGGGAGAGGGAGCACGUACUGGCCACUACGCAUACGAGAGCGAAUAUGACGAUUGAGCCUGUUGGUACCCUAAAAAUUAAACAAUUACAGCGCGCAAUGACCAAGCCUCGAGACAUCACCACCUACUUCGGAGCAGCUUCUGCAGUAUCUAAGCAGGAGCCGAAGGUUGAACAUGAAGCUUCUCUAGGUAGAAUGGCUCCCUUAAGCGAAAACUCGCAGAAAAGAAAUGCUGACAAUAUUGAAACGACCAUCCGCGCAAAGAUAAAGCCAAUUGUACAUUCUAAAAAGCGUAAAGUCACCUCCUCGAAAAAGUCAUCGUCAAAUCCGAGCUUGUUGUCUUUAUUCAACAAACAAAGGAGCAAGAAGCCCGGUGUUGUCAAUAGUGGAAAUGCGCCAGCCGCACCCAGUUCGCGUCAUGCGAAUCCGACUUCCCCUGCUGCCGGUCCUAAGGAAGAACCGACAUAUAUCACACUCGACUGAUGGCAGCUACGUAUGUUACCAUGGUCAUGUGAAGAGCUGUAUCGCACGGGCCGACCUUGCCCUCACUAGAUGGGUAUAAUGUGAAGUACUACUCUGCAAAUCGAGUACAGGCGAAAGGGGCCAUCAGGGCUUGUGAAAGAUGUCUCCAGAGCGCAGCAUUCCUCUCAAUAGGCGCUGGGUAUGAUCCAUGCCAUUAAUGGAAUACAUCACGUGUACUGGGUGUAUACUUCUAAGAUUGUGGUGCAAAUGGUGAAGCCCGUACUCUUAUCGCUGGCUUACAGACUGGCUGCAGUCGGAGUACGGUCGCUGUUGAUUGAGCGAUCUGGAAACGAAUCCGCGAACGCACCAUGUGAUACUCGAUGGAAGCAAUCAAAAGUGGACUUUUUUAUGCUUUCAAAUUCCCACUCCUUUAGAUAUGUCGAGAUCUUCCAUCACAUCCAAUUAAGGCAUAUGAACCAGAUUCCAUAGGAUGCACUCCCCGCCACG